GAUUGGGUGCGCAGGGAAAGGGUCGAGUGACGGAGCCGCGGCGUGAGGCGGUCGAUGGUCCCUAAGCUGGAGAAAGAGGUUCGGGUGGCUUCCUUGCCGCCGCCGGCGUGAGGACCGGGAACCGUCCGCCCUAGCGGUCUCAGAGCGAAGUCUUCGGAGCGUGUCUCUUGACUGUAUGUGCGAAGAAGUGCUGUCCCUCCGGGCAAGCUGCCUUCAGCCUCACCACAGCCCGCCUCGAGCCUCCGAGCGCCACUGAGCAAAAGCGGCGCUCCUCCGAGGAGGGCAACCGUCGCGCCUCUGCUUGAAGAAUCUAAUCGUGAAGAGUUACACCGCCACUUCUUGCAGAUUCUCCUCUCAGCAACCUUCGUCCUUUUUUGAAUGCCUUCCAGAUGCCACUCCGCUAACAGCACUACAACACACCCUGUGCUAUGAGCUACCCCCAAAAUGCACGUGUUCUGGGUAGAUGCCGUAGUGAAUUAGCCGUGCCCUGGCCGGAAAUUCAUAGGCUGGCCUGGGAUCCUACAUCCCAGCAUUGAGCCAGAUGGUCCCUUCCAAAUUAGAUGGUGCUGGAGUGAAGCUAAGUUACUGUGGGUGGUCUUUCUUCCCAGCAGGAGCACCAGUAAAAAAAAACCCGACUUCCCUUGUUUUGGAGGCUUCUGUAGAAAGGCACUCAUGUGUUAGCGACAUACCCCUAGACCUGCCUGAGAAUCGUGGUAGCACUCAGGCACUCUUCCUAAAGUCUGUUCAAGAGGAAUGCUGAUGGGUUAUUGUCAGUAUUCCUUUCUUCAUACUGGAAUACCAGUAGUAACCUGUCUGUUCUCUAAAGGCCUCUCCUCAGAUCAAUCCUAGAAAAAUACUACUUUUUCCAUUAUACAGCUGUCUGCUGAAAGAAGCAGCAUAUCGGGAGCUUUGUUUAAAAGUACAUAAACUGGUCAUUCCUAGUUUAGAUGUGAGUUUCAGAAACUGGCUUUUGUGCAUUCUAGCUGUACUCCCUUGCUUCAUUACCUCAAUGGAUGGCGUCUUUGGAACUAGACAUAUUGUAUAAAAUCUAGUGUAAUAUAACUUUUUCCCAGAUCUUAGGGAGAUUCUUUAUAAAGUUCCCUAAAUUUCUUUCUGUAUGCUAUUUGGCUUUCUGAAUAAUGGUCCCUUUCUGGAUAUGUCCAUGGCUGUGCUGUUCUAAGACUUGAUGGUGAAAGAUCUGUAGUGAGAAGAGUUCACAAAGAAAAGGAAAAUUAAAAGGAUCUUUGAGGAGGCUCCUGUUGAAGAUGGUGGCAGUGUGCAUUUGAUUCUCACUGAGGUCCAGUGGUGCUGUUCACGAUGAACAGGAAGAAAGGAGACAAGGGGUUUGAGAGCCCAAGACCAUACAAAUUAACGCACCAGGUGGUCUGUAUCAACAACAUAAAUUUCCAGAGAAAAUCUGUGGUUGGUUAUGUGGAGCUGACAAUAUUUCCCACUGUGGCAAACCUAAACAGAAUCAAGCUUAACAGUAAACAAUGUAGGAUAUACAGAGUGAGAGUCAAUGAUUUGGAAGCAGCUUUUAUUUAUAAUGAUCCCACGCUGGAAGUUUGUCACAGCGAAUCAAAACAGAGAAACCUCAACUACUUUUCCAACGCUUACGCUGCCGCAGUCAGUGCUGUAGACCCAGAUGCCGGAAAUGGAGAGCUGUGCAUUAAGGUGCCAUCAGAGCUGUGGAAGCAAGUUGAUGAACUAAAAGCCCUGAAAGUGCACAUCAACUUUUCUCUGGACCAGCCAAAAGGAGGCCUUCAUUUUGUGGUACCCAACGUGGAGGGCAGCCUGGCCGAAAGAGGGGCCCAUGUCUUCUCUUGUGGAUAUCAAAAUUCUACAAGGUUUUGGUUUCCUUGUGUCGACUCAUAUUCUGAACUUUGCACAUGGAAGCUAGAGUAUACGGUCGAUGCCACAAUGGUGGCUGUCUCAAAUGGAGAUCUGGUAGAAACAGUAUACACUCACGAUAUGAGAAAGAAGACCUUCCACUAUAUGCUGACAAUUCCAACUGCAGCCUCUAAUAUUUCUUUGGCUAUAGGACCAUUUGAAAUUCUUGUUGACCCAUACAUGCAUGAGGUGACGCAUUUUUGUUUACCUCAGCUUCUCCCACUGCUCAAACACACCACUUCGUAUCUCCAUGAAGUCUUUGAAUUCUACGAAGAGAUACUUACCUGUCGCUACCCUUACUCCUGCUUCAAAACGGUUUUUAUAGAUGAGGCCUAUGUUGAAGUAGCUGCCUAUGCUUCUAUGAGCAUUUUUAGCACAAACCUUUUGCACAGUGCAAUGAUAAUAGAUGAGACCCCGCUGACCAGGAGAUGUUUGGCUCAAGCCCUGGCCCAGCAAUUCUUUGGCUGUUUUAUAUCUAGAAUGUCUUGGUCAGAUGAAUGGGUAUUGAAGGGAAUCUCUGGCUAUAUUUAUGGUCUUUGGAUGAAGAAAACCUUUGGUGUAAAUGAGUAUCGACACUGGAUCAAGGAGGAACUGGACAAGAUAGUGGCAUAUGAACUGAAGACUGGCGGAGUCUUACUGCAUCCAAUAUUUGGUGGAGGAAAAGAAAAAGACAACCCUUCAUCGCAUCUGCAUUUUUCUAUAAAGCACCCUCAUACUUUAUCAUGGGAAUACUACACUAUGUUCCAAUGCAAGGCCCACCUAGUCAUGAGGCUGAUAGAAAACAGGAUAAGCAUGGAAUUCAUGUUACAAGUUUUCAACAAACUGUUGAGUCUAGCCAGCACCGCCUCAUCCCAGAAGUUCCAGUCUCAUAUGUGGAGUCAGAUGCUGGUUUCCACAUCUGGGUUUUUGAAAUCCAUCUCCAACGUCUCUGGCAAAGACAUCCAGCCAUUAAUAAAGCAAUGGGUAGAUCAGAGUGGCGUGGUAAAGUUUUAUGGAAGUUUUGCAUUUAACAGAAAACGAAAUGUACUGGAAUUAGAAAUAAAGCAGGACUAUACAUCUCCUGGGACUCAGAAAUAUGUGGGCCCUCUGAAGGUGACAGUGCAAGAGCUUGACGGAUCUUUCAACCAUACUCUGCAAAUAGAAGAAAACAGCCUUAAGCACGACAUCCCCUGCCACUCAAAGAGCAGACGGAAUAAGAAGAAAAAGAUCCCACUAAUGAAUGGAGAAGAAGUAGACAUGGAUCUUUCUGCUAUGGAUGCUGACUCCCCUUUGCUCUGGAUAAGGAUAGACCCAGACAUGUCUGUGUUAAGGAAGGUAGAAUUUGAACAGGCUGACUUCAUGUGGCAGUACCAGCUCCGAUACGAGAGAGACGUGGUUGCCCAGGAGGAAUCCAUUUUGGCUCUGCAGAAGUUUCCCACUCCGGCAUCACGGCUCGCGCUGACUGAUAUCCUCGAACAAGAGCAGUGUUUCUACCGAGUGAGAAUAAUGGCAUGCUUCUGUCUCGCAAAGAUUGCAAAUUUCAUGGUGAGCACAUGGACCGGACCGCCAGCCAUGAAGUCUCUUUUCACCCGCAUGUUCUGCUGUAAAAGUUGCCCCAACAUUGUGAAAACCAACAACUUCAUGAACUUCCAGAGUUACUUUCUUCAAAAGACAAUGCCUGUUGCAAUGGCCUUGCUGAGAGAUGUUCAUAACCUGUGUCCCAAAGAGGUUUUAACAUUCAUUUUAGACCUAAUCAAGUACAACGACAAUAGAAAAAACAAGUUUUCAGACAACUAUUACCGAGCGGAACUGAUAGAUGCGCUAGCAAACUCUGUAACCCCCGCCGUCAGUGUGAACAAUGAAGCCCGGACGCUGGAUAAUUUAAACCCUGACGUUCGCCUCAUUCUUGAAGAAAUUACUCGGUUCUUAAACAUGGAGAAGUUACUGCCCAGUUACAGACACACCAUCACAGUCAGUUGCCUGAAUGCCAUUCGCAUACUACAGAAGAAUGGGCAUGUUCCAAGUGAUCCUGCUGUCUUUAAGUCAUACGCAGAAUACGGGCACUUUGUGGAUAUCCGAAUAGCAGCCUUGGAGGCAGUUGUCGACUAUACAAAAGUUGACAGGAGCUAUGAGGAAUUACAGUGGCUGCUGAAUAUGGUUCAGAAUGAUCCUGUGCCGUACAUAAGACACAAGAUCUUGAACAUGUUAACCAAGAACCCGCCAUUUACCAAGAACAUGGAAUCUCCUUUGUGCAACGAAGCACUAGUGGAUCAGCUCUGGAAACUUAUGAAUUCAGGUACAUCCCAUGACUGGCGGCUGCGGUGUGGAGCUGUUGACUUGUAUUACACACUGUUUGGUCUCAGCAGGCCUUCCUGUUUGCCACUUCCGGAACUCGGGUUGGUCCUUAACCUAAAAGAAAAGAAAGCCGUGCUGAACCCCACCAUCAUUCCUGAGACGGGGUCAAGUGGCCCGGAAAUGGCUAACAACCCGAUCAAUCUGGGACAGAUAAUUGGCUUCCAGAGCACUGAGCAUGAUCAUCUUGUUAAAGAAAUGGCAGCCAUGCCUCCUUGUCACCAGCAAGGGUUGAAGAGGAAAGCUGACACGCCCCUGGGGUCCCCACUGGAACCAGGCCAGAUCCUGGAGAAGAUUGAAGACAGUAAAGUCAAGCUCAAGAUAAGGUUCUCAAACUCUCAAGAGGAGGAAGAGAUCGAUAUGGACACUGUUCACGAUAGUCAGGCUUUUAUCUACCAUCAUUUGAACAUGCUGGAAAGACCGUCAACACCAGGUAAAGAACAGUCUUCGCUAGACUUGGGCACAUUGCCAAAUCCUGCGCCUCCACUUCCUGGCUUCCCGAAAGAGUCCAACUCCUCCAAGCACAGUGAGCACCAUCAUCACCAUCAUCACGAGCACAAGAAGAAGAAGAAGAAGCACAAACACAAGCAUAAGCACAAGCAUAAACACGACAGCAAGGAAAAGGAGAAGGAGCCCUUCACCUUCUCCAACAGCCCUGCCAGCGGGCGCUCUGUCCGCUCUCCCUCCCUGUCGGACUGAAGCGAGCUCCUCUCGCGCUGCUGUGGCUUUAUCGGAAGGCCCCCAGGUCAGAACAGGCUUCCUCUGAGCGUUGCCAGAAUGGAUUGUGUUUUUGAAACCUUUGAUGGCUGUCGUGAAGGCAAAGCAUGUUUUAAACAGAAGCCAGCUGCCGAAGUCUCUGGAAAAGUUGCGGUUCCGUGUUGUAUAAUGUAAUGUUGGCCUCCCGAGAAAACAGAGGCCCUCGACUGAUCUCUUUUCAACAUGUCAUUUAACCGUUGCCGUUAUCCCACCACGUUCUGACUUUUAAAAAAAAUGCUUGCAGUCGAAGUUGAGAACUUCUUAUUUUUAGGAUGUUGACUUAAAAAAAAAAAAAAUUAUGCGCAUAACCCAUGUGACUUGAACUUGCAUUUGGCAAUCACUUCCACAACUUUUUUUUUUGUUUUGGUGGCAGAAAAAAAAAUGCUGCUGUUUUGCUGUGUCCUGUAAUCAGCCUCGUAAUUAUAUAAUGAAGCUUGGGCAAAAACAAGCCCUUGCAAAAUUGGCAAAGCGUGCCUUUCCCUAAAAUGUCAGUUAACCUUGCAAAGGCACUCCUUGUAAAGUGGCACAGUGGUCGUGGGGAAUGCCUUAUCUGCAGAAACGUUUAAAAACUCCUUAUGAUAAAUUUCCUGGAAACUCUGUGAUUAAAAAAAAGAAUCCCAUCAAUGUACAGUGGGCUGCAAUUCAGGCAAUAUGAAGCAGCAAUAUCUAGCAACUAUUCAGUUUCCACAGCUGAGUGAAUAUUGCAAAGAUGUAUAUAUUAUUAUUUUUAUCUUUGUGUAGUUGUAAGUACAUCUUUUUUUCCCAGUACAGUUUUCAAGGACACUUUUAAGUUGCUUUUCCAUCUGGUUUGUGUUUUUCCCUUCCCUUGUAAGUUUGGCCUUUAGAUUAAGUAUUUUAUUUGAUGUGCAUGUGUUAUUUUUUUCAGUCGUAAAGCCCAUUGACAGUGGAGAGAACACUGAACAGUGCCAAUCCAGGAAAAGCAAGUUCAAGAAGGGACUCAGACUGGAUUUUCUAAUGAGACCAUCAGUUGUUAAUAAACACUUUUAUACCGUC